CUGUCGGAGGCCUGAUUCCGGGGCUGGGGGCCCAUACGUGGAGAGGGGAGGGGCCAGGGGGCGGCCCCCUUGUGACCAGCCCUGAAGAGAGGUCAGAGAGAAGACGGGCAGAGGAGCGCCUGGACAACAGCAGCAGCUGACUUUCUAGAUCAAGCGCGCCUUGGGGCCCCAGGCUUGGGAGUGAGCCGAUGGCCCACGUUCGAGAAGCGUCCCGGUCCUCCCGCUCCGUCGCCUGUUGGAGUUCGGGAGGUGGUCGAGGAGCCUGUUUGGAGCAGGCGGCUGAGAAUACAUCGAGAAUGGAGCAGACGAUGCGGGGUACACAGGGAGCCCAGGAGAUGAAGCCGGAGCUGUGGCCGGAGCCCAAACCCACGUCGGAGAAUUUAACAAGUAGGGGCAGUGGCAGCGCUAAGAAGGUGCUCCCUUCUAUCCUGGCUGCUUGUCACACCAGCUCCAGAUCGGUUUGCCCGCGCCGCAAGCCCCGCCCUCGGCCCCAGCCCAGGUCCCGCUCCAGGGGAGGGCGUGGGCUCAAGGCCCCACCCCCGCCUCCCGCCAAACCUCCGCCUCCCCCGCCAGCGCCACCACCUCCACCCCCGCCCCAGCAGCGGUCUGUGGCCUGGCGCAAUUCCAGGCGUAGAUCCAGGCCUGGACCCAGAUUCCAAACACGGAAAAGCUACUCUAGUGACCUAGAAGGCUGCUCUGGGGAGUCAGACGGCACAGAUUACAGGUUACUGAAGGCAGAGUCUAAUAAGGGUCCCACAGGCUGCUCUCACAUAGAGAGCUUUAAAGUAGCUAAAAACUGGCGGAGGAACCUGCGGAUGAUCUAUCAGCGUUUCAUUUGGAGUGGAACCCCGGAGACUAGGAAGCGUAAGGCAAAGUCAUGCAUCUGUCAUAUAUGUAGUACUCAUAAGAACAGACUCCACUGUUGUCUGUCAUGUGUAUUUUUCGGAUGCUUUACUGAGAAACAUAUUCAUAUUCAUGCUGAAACAACACAACACAAUUUAGCGGUAGACCUCUAUCAUGGGGUUAUAUAUUGCUUUAUGUGUAAGGAUUAUGUAUAUGAUAUAGGUAUAGAAAAGAUUGCCAAAGAAACAAAAGAGAAAAUUCUGGGACUGUUAAUGUCCACUACAGAAGACAUGUCUUAUCAGCAGUUAAUGGCAUCUGAGGUUGAAGAAAGCCAACCAACCAGUGAUUCAAAAGAUCAGGAGACCAGUUUGGUAAAACCCAAGAAAAAGAGGAGGAAGAAGACAAUGUAUUAUACUGUAGGCCUCAGAGGGUUAAUUAAUCUUGGGAAUACUUGCUUUAUGAACUGUAUUGUCCAGGCACUUACCCACAUUCCACUACUGAAGGAGUUCUUCCUUUCGGAUAAGCACAAAUGUAUGAUGUCAAGCCCCAGCUUGUGUUUAGUCUGUGAGAUGUCUUCACUUUUUCAAGCUAUGUACUCGGGGAAUCAAAGCCCUCAUAUCCCCUACAAAUUAUUGCACCUAAUAUGGAUCCAUGCGGAGCAUUUAGCUGGGUAUAGGCAACAAGAUGCUCAUGAGUUUCUUAUUGCAAUAUUGGAUGUGUUGCAUAGACACAGCAGAGAUGACGGCAUCGAGCAGGAAGGUAACUCCAACUGCUGUAAUUGCAUCAUUGACCACAUCUUUACAGGUAGUCUGCAGUCAGAUUUAACAUGUCAAGUAUGUCAUGGUGUCUCUACCACCAUAGACCCAUGCUGGGACAUUAGCUUGGAUUUGCCUGGGUCUUAUACCUCAGGGAGGGCUAGUAGCACAUCGAGUAGAGAUGGCCAGAAGCCACGAGUCAUCUCACUUACAGAUUGCCUGAAGUGGUUUACAAGGCCUGAAGACCUGGGUAGCAGUGCCAAAAUUAAAUGCAAUCAAUGCCAAAACUACCAGCAGUCUACCAAACAACUCACAAUGAAGAAAUUACCGAUUGUAGCCUGCUUUCAUCUGAAACGAUUUGAACAUUUAGGCAAACAGAGACGCAAGAUUAAUACUUUUAUCUCAUUUCCUUUGGAGCUGGACAUGACUCCUUUUUUGGCCUCUACUAAAGAAAGCAUAAUGAAAGGCCAGCCAUUAACAGAGUGUGUACCCAGUGAGAAUAAGUAUUCUUUGUUUGCAGUAAUUAACCACCAUGGAACUUUGGAAAGUGGCCAUUACACCAGCUUUGUCCGGCAAGAAAAAGACCAAUGGUUUAGCUGUGAUGAUGCUGUAGUCACCAAGGCUACAAUGGAUGAGUUACUCUAUAGUGAAGGGUAUCUGCUGUUUUAUCAUAGGCAAGAUAUAGAGAAAGAAUAAUCUUACCCAGAAUGAUUUCCAGACCAAAAAAAAAAAGUAAAAAAGAAGAAAAAAAUUAAAACGACAAAAAGGAAGAAAAAAAAGCAAAAAAGAAGAAAAUGAAGAAAAAAUGAAAAACGAGAAAAGAAAAAAAAGUGUAAGGAUCCCGAAGAGAUUUAAAACACAACCCUACCUGGAUGGACAAUUGUAAUGCCAUUACAACAACAAGCACCUCUAAACAAAACACAAAAAUCUACCUGGAGUGGACAAUGACCAUAUAUGACAAGUGGCACUUUGGCAUAAAGGAACUAUUUUACCCUGUCCCAUAAGUCUAUGGAAAGAAGAUAUUGAAUUUUCAGUCAGUGACCAAUUAGCCUUAAGAACUGUGGGGAUCAGAGGGAGAGGAAGAGAAGAGAGGUUGAAAAGGGUCACAUAAAGAAAAUUAAAUGAAGUCUCAAUACGGAAGGAGGGUGAUCUUCUCAAGUUACUUUUUAUUUCUUCAAAGAUAUUGUGUUAAGUGUGGGGGGUAUAUUUUAAGAAAGGGGUUUUUCAUUGAUUGUAGUUAUAGUUUUGAGAGCACAAAUAGUCUGGAAAAAAACCAAAUAUUUUAAACAAAAAACUUUAAAGCUUUAAAAGAAAACCAUUAAGAAACACUUUUGAAGGUUUUAAGAGAACAUUUUAAAUGUUAAAAAUUUAAGUUAAGUAUUUUAGAAGAAAUAUUUUUAAAUGUUUUUAAUUUAAAAUGAUUCCAAAUUGUUAGUAUGUGAAAAUAGAGUAUUUACAAAUUUUUGCAAGUUAAGGUGAAAUAUGAACAUUUAUAAGGUGGUUAGUGAAAAAAAACCACUAACUUAAAAACAGUAAAGGAAAAUCUUAGAAAUAUUUGGAUUCUAAAUAUUUAAAGCAUAAAAUGUAUGCAUUGGAAAGAUCAAAAUUUAAAAAAAUUAUACCUAUAAUAAUUUAAAAAGUAAAAUUUCAAGGUAUAUAGAAUGAAAUGAAAUUUUAAGUUAAAUUCAGGAAACGUGGUUUAAAAGAAGAAAGUUUAGAACUGUUCAAGGAAACAGGUAAUUGGUUUUAAAGAUUUCAGUUUUUUUAAAUAUUAAGAGAAAAUCUUGUGUAAAUUCAACUGCAGAGAUUUCAGUAUAAAAACAAACUUUAAGUUUAAAAAGAAUAUUCUCAUACAAUUUGACACCUGAAAAAACAUGUAAAUAAGAUCGUAUUUGAAAGGUGAAAGUUUUAUUUUGUACUUAAGCCCAUUGAAAUAUAGAUGGAUAUAAAAGAUAUAAACGAUAGAGAGAGAAUGAGAAGACAAAAUGGUUUGUGAACAUAUGUAUUUUUUUAAUCUUAUGUCAAUGCAGAUAACUAUAUCGGAAAAAGGUAAUGCCAUCAAGAUUUUUCCCAUUUAGAACUCAUUAUUAGAACAUCUUUAGCUUCUGAAAGAAGGCUUUUAAUAAUUUUGUGGCUUAGAGAAAUUAGAUCAUAGCUGUGAAGCUUUAGCUUUUGGUGUUUUAGCCCCAUGGUCUGACUGAAAAAUGGCAGGGACCCUUAACUGAGGAAACUCCCACCAUCUCUGCCUUCAGUCCUUUGCCUUAUGGGGAAACAAGAUAUUUUAAUUUCUACAGUAGAACUAUGAGUUUGUGUUUAACAGUCCUGCUAAUUCCUUAUCCCUCUUCAUGCCCACCCACCUCAUUCCUCUUUCCCUGAAUCCCACACUUCCCUGGCCUUAUCCCAGCCUGCAAGGAUCCUUUCUUAGUGUAUACCUGGUGAUUUCAUUCCUUCAUGACUAACUCCCAGAUGACUCCUCUGGAACCAUCCCUGGAUCCCUUAUGCAGGCAUAAAAUAGUCCCCAUCCCCAUCUCUCCUACUGUGCCUCCAAAGUACUUCGUCUAUACCUCGAUGAAUAGUACUUAUUCGACUGUGAUUCUACUGUAGCGUUGUGAUUGUCUACCUCUCUGCACCAGACCCUGAGAGCAGAGGGACAAGCCUUAUUCACUUUUGUGUUAAUAAAUGUUUGUUGAAUG